ACUCCUGUUGUAACUUCAUUCAGGAUUUGAUUGUUUUUAGAACGUUUAAAGGCAAUUUUUCCAUCAUUGAAAAGUACCGUCGCAGAUCCAAGAACCUUGAAAAUGUGGAUGUUGUGAUCGAAGGAAUGGCGGUCUGUUAGGAAUGUUCAUAACUAAUAUUAGAUAGGGGUUUUUGAGUAACAUCAACCUGGAUUUGAAAAUGGGACUACAAAAGAUGCUGUGUUUGUUUGUUGCUGCUUGUGUUGGCCUGAUUUCGGGAAGUCUAACGAGCUGUGAUGAAGUGCGCAAAGUUUUUCAGCUGCGGCAGAUUGGACCAGUGAAAUCCCUACCCGAGAGACCGAGAGAAGGUUCGGACCUCCAGGUGUGCCAGUCCAGGAACCUGACAUGCUGUUCUAAGAAGAUGGAGGAGAGGUAUCAGGUGGCUGCCCGGCGGGAUGUUCAGAACCUCCUCCAGACUUCCUCCGCCAGCCUCAAGUUCCUCUUCUCCAGGAACGUAGCAGCCUUCCAAGAAAGCUUUGAGUCUCUGAUGAAGGCAUCAGAGAACCACACCAACCUAGUCCUCCAGGCGUCGUACCGUAACAUGGCUGGGGAGGCUUCAGGUCUGGUGAGAGAGUUGUUCACUGACGUCGGCCUCUUCCUCCUUGGCUCCGAACUCAACGUUGAUGACAUCACCAGCCGCUUCUUCGACGCUCUCUUCCCAUUGGUCUACCACCACCUCAUCAACCCCAGCCUCAGCCGCGUCACCCUCGGUUACGCCGAGUGCGUCCGCUCCGCCCGCCGCGAUUUGACCCCGUUCGGCGCCGCUCCGGGAGUCCUAGCCAAUCAGAUCGGGAAGUCGGGGGUCGGGGGUCGUGUGCUGUUACAGGCGCUGCACCUCGGCGUAGAGGUGAUCAACACCACGGAUCGCCUGGUGUUUAGCAGGGAGUGUCGUAGAGCUCUGCUCAGGUUGCAGUACUGUCCCCACUGCCACGGACUCACCCUGUCUAAACCCUGUAUGGGCUACUGUCUCAACGUGAUGCGUGGCUGUCUGGCGAGCAUGGCUGAGGUGGACCCCCAUUGGAGAGAAUUCGUGAGGUCGUUAGAGGGGCUGUCGGCACGCAUGCACGGAACUCAGGACCUGGAGCAAGUGCUGCUGGGAGUUCACGCCGUCGUCCACGACGCCGUCGCACAUGCUCAGAGGAACGGGCCACACCUCUCUGCACAGGUGUAUAAAGUAUGUGGUCGUCCCAGUAGACAGCCUGCCCAGUCAGUCAGUGGCCAGCAGGACGGAGAGUCCAUCCCUCUCAAAGCCUUCAUCAGAGAAACAGGAAACAGCCUGGCUACCAGGAGGAAAGAGUUCCUGAGCAGUCUGCGUUUGUACCGUACCUUCUACGGUGGCCUGGCGGACCAGCUGUGUGUGAACCAGCUGGCCUCCACCGAUGGCCUGGCCUGCUGGAACGGAGCUGACGUUGUCAAGAGUCUUAUCUCUGAGAAUAAAGCUAGGACCCCGGGAGACAUGCUCACCCUCGUUUCCACGGUGACGGGCCGUGCGCGUAGCCAGGCGGCGUAUCCAGGCGGCGUAGCCAGGCGGCGUAUCCAGGCGGCGUAG